GUCGUUUAUCAAACCAUGUCAGUCGAAGACCUUGAAUCACAAACUCAACAGGAAACAAGUUUGACACCUUCCGUUAUGGCAACUGAUCAAGAAUCUCAAGCUGCUGGUACAGAGGACAACAACGAAGUUGUGGUGACUUCAACCAUGUUGAAAGAGGAAGAAGACAUGGCAAAAGAAACGAAAAAGGAACAUGAAGCUCGUAUGCAAAAAGAGGCUCAAGUUCAAUUCGAUAGUACAGUGAAAGAACAACGAAUGAAACGAUUGAACUUUUUAUUGGAGAAAUCUGGUGCAUAUGCUUCCAUCCUUGGACAAAGACUUGCCAAACAACAAGAAGAAGCAAGAGAAAAGGCGGCCAAAUUGGAUGCUGCUGCUGCUGCUACUACUACUAAUGAUGGUGCUGAUAUGGAUUCUCAAGUGAAAUCCAAAAAAGGAACGCGUAAAUCCAGUGGCAAGAACGCGGCAAGUGGAACAAAACGACGAAAAACGAAUGAUGCUCAAUAUCAACUUGAAGAGUAUUUGGAUGAACAAGACCUGAAACGGCGCAAAAAUAAUGAAAGUGUGGCUUCUGCUAUCAAAGAAGAUGCUAGACAAGGGGAAGAUUCUUCGCUUUUAGUGAAACCAACGAUUUCUGCUCGACAACCUUCUUUGGUGACAGGUGGUGUAUUACGCGAUUAUCAGUUAGCAGGUGUGGAAUGGCUCAUCAGUCUCUGGGAAAAUGGUCUCAAUGGUAUCCUGGCCGAUGAAAUGGGUCUUGGAAAAACUUUACAAACAAUUAGUUUUAUUGCUCAUUUAAAAGCAAUGCAAGUAGCUGGACCUUACUUGAUUGUGACUCCUUUAUCAACUCUAGCUAACUGGGUGAAUGAAUUCAAAAGAUUUACUCCUGAUAUCCCUGUUAUUCUUUACCAUGGUAGUAAAGAUGAACGUCAACAUUUGAUCAAUCGAAAAAUGGCCAAAAAGAAUCAAACAAACUUUGAUUUCCCUAUUGUAGUUACCAGUUAUGAAAUUGUCAUGAAUGAUCGAAAGCACUUGCAAAAAUAUAAUUGGAAAUACAUUGUGGUGGAUGAAGGUCAUCGUCUCAAGAACAUGAAUUGUAAACUGAUCAGAGAAUUGAAGACUUAUUCUAGUGCGAAUCGAUUAUUGUUGACUGGAACACCAUUACAAAACAACCUGGCAGAAUUAUGGAGUUUACUCAACUUUUUAUUACCCGAUAUCUUUGAUAGCUUGGAUAUGUUUGAAUCAUGGUUUGACUUUUCGGAUAUCCAUCAAAAAAGUGGUCAAGAACGUAUCAUGAAGGAGGAACAAGAAGAUCAAAUCAUCACUAGUCUCCAUACUAUUUUGAAACCAUUCUUAUUACGGCGAUUGAAGACAGAUGUGGAACAUUCCUUACCGAAAAAAAAGGAAUACUUAUUAUAUGCACCAUUGACAGUGGCACAGAAAAAUUUAUAUGAUGCCAUCAUCAAACGCGAUUUACGAGAUUAUUUGAUCAAACGCAAGACCACUAAAGAUGAUCAGGAUAACAAUGAUACAAAGGAACCUGAAACUGCUGAUGUAGAGAAUCAAGAAAAUGCCAACACUGAUGGUAACAACAAUACAUCCACCACUCGCAAAUCAUCUCGUGCUUUGAAAUCAGUGACAUACAAGGAUCCAUCUGAUCGAACUUAUUUUGCCACAUUGGAAAAACAAGCUCAAAACGCAAACUCAAUUACUGAAGAUGCGAAUCUAGAAGUUGGGAAAAAACAUCAAUACCAAAAUGCAAUCAAACAUGUCAAUUCUCUUCAUCUUCAAAAUCUUGUUAUGCAACUACGAAAAGUAUGUAACCACCCAUUUUUGUUUGAUUGGCCUAUUGAUCCUCGUACCAACACACAUGUUCUCAACAAUGAUUUGGCUGCUCAAUCUGGCAAGGUGUUGUUAUUGGAUCGUUUAUUGACAGCUCUUUUUGACCGUGGGCACAAGGUGUUGAUUUUUUCACAAAUGACAAAAAUGUUGGAUAUUUUGGAAGAUUGGGCAACACAUCUCAAGGGCUGGCCCAUCUGUCGGUUGGAUGGAAGCGUUUCUCAAGAAUCUCGUAGACAACAAAUCGAAGAAUUUAAUGAUCCUGAUUCUCCUUUCAAAUUAUUCUUAUUAUCAACUCGUGCUGGUGGAUUGGGGAUCAAUUUGACUGGUGCUGAUACUGUCAUUAUCUUUGAUAGUGAUUGGAACCCUCAAAUGGAUUUACAAGCUCAAGAUAGAGUACAUCGUAUUGGUCAAACCAAACCUGUGUUAGUUUAUCGAUUUGUAGCGGCAAAUACUGUAGAAGCCAAGAUCCUUGAACGUGCAACAGCCAAACGUCGAUUGGAGAAAUUGGUCAUUAGCAAAGGCAAAUUCAAAACACCCAUUUCAUCCACAUCUGGUUCUGCAAAAAAGGAACAAGAAAACAGUGUAAGGGAAUUGGCGGAAAUCUUGGCAUCAGAAGAUGGAGAACAAGUACAAAUUGUCGCUCAAGGGGAUAAGGUGAUCUCUGACGAAGAUCUUGACAAAAUCUUGGACCGAAGUGAUCAAGUCUUGGAUUCUCAGAAUAUCAGUGUGUCUGGCGGCUUCAAACAAUUGGAUGCAAGUGAAAUGAUCGAUGCUAAAAAUGAAAUCCUUGCCACUCGUACAUGAUAUAUCUUUUUUUGAAAAUGGAUUAGUUUAGCUUUGCUUUUUUUUUUUGAAUACAUACACUUUCUAUUAUUCCUUUAUUCAUUCAUUUUACAAUAUACACU